AUGACGAUUAAAACGUCGAUAAUGUCUCGUCGCGAUCAAUAUACGGACUACCAUACAUCUCGUUAUACUCAAAAUACACUAUAUAAUAACGAUAAUAACGAUUAUAAUCAUCAUCAUUCAUAUCACAGUAGACCGUUGCCACCUCAGACAUCCGACGCAUACCGUCAGCAUUAUUCUUCGACUCCAUCACCAGAUAUACAUAGCUCAUCAUUAACAUCGCCUCAUCAACAAAGAAACGAUAGUAAUGGAUCUGUAUCAAAAAAACAUAAAAAAAGUAAAAAAUCACAUCGUAGUGAUAAAAGUAAAAAUCGUGAACAUGACAGACAUUCAUCAUCCUCGAAAAAUGUCAGAAAAAAACACAAUAACGAAGGCAAAUUAGUCGAUUCACAAUCGCCAGUAACUCCAUCGAAAAAAGCAAAUAAACGAAAAAUAUCGGAAGGUAAGAGUAGUACAAGAACUUGUGAUACUUAUCGUUAUCGCACCACUUCAAAUAGUCCGUCAAAACGUUCGUCUAAAAAGAAAAAGCACAAUAGUCCAAUUCAAGCAAGCUUCUCAGCGAGUCAUCGUCAUCACUAUUCUUCCUCUUCGCACCACAGCCAACAUCGUAGUAGUAAAAAUCACCAUCAUAAAGAGAGAGAUCGUUCAAAACAUUCUUAUCGUCAUGGAUCGACUUCAUCUAACGACUCUUCAAAUGGAUAUGAGACAAAUGGAGGAAAUGGAAAUAAUGCCAUUACCAGUCAUAAUACGAACAUUGAAAAAUCAUCAUAUGCGUCUAACGCCACACUUGGUGCUGAAUUACAAAAAAUUAAAAAUAAAACAACACCAACAACGAUAAAUCGUAAAUCAACAACAUCGGCUAACACAAUCAAUACGGCAACGACAUUAUUACAAUCAAUUAAAAGCACAACAGAAGUGGUUACUGACGAAAGUGAUCUACCGAUAAGUGCAUUAUCAAGACAACAAAGAAUAAAUUCAAAUACAGAUAAACUAGAUUCCAGUAAUUCAUUUAUUCAAUCGCCAACACUUGAACAACAACAAACUUAUGUGAAUUCUACUAAAAUCAAUACCACAAAUCAAAUUUUAAAUGAUGAUUCGUCCAAAAAAAACCACAAGCAACGAUUGACAUCAUCCUGUCUUUUAAAUUUACCAUUGCCAUCGGUAGACAAGAAUGCGGACAACCGUUCAUCUACAGAUACUUUGUUGACUCAACAACGUAAAACUCAAAAUUCUUUAUCACGUUCAAGUAGACAAACAACCCUGACCCGAUUACCGAUGCCUCCUGAUUAUAAUUUGAAUGUAGCAAAUGAUUCAUUGUCACCACCGAGUCCAGAAAAUUCUUCGUCACCAUUUUCGCUUUUGAAUCAAUCAAAUUGGUCUGGAACUACACCAUUGUCGGCAACAGUUAAAACAGCGAAUAUUGAUCAAACCACUCGUAGACCACUGAUUUUGCAACGUCGUGAAGAAAUGCGGAAAGAUCAAUGGGGUGAUCGUAAUGUUGAUAUGUAUGAAAUAUUAGCGAAAAUUGGUGAAGGUACAUAUGGGGAAGUGUUCAAAGCGAAAGAUAAACAAACCGGUGAUUUAUGCGCAUUAAAAAAAGUUCGUUUAGAAAAUGAAAAAGAAGGUUUCCCAAUAACAGCUGUUCGUGAAAUUCAAAUAUUACGUCAAUUAACACAUGAAAAUAUUGUUAAUUUAAAAGAAUUAGUCAUGGAUGCUCGUACAAUAUCGGAUAUUCGAAACGAUACAUCAUUUUAUUUAGUAUUUGAAUAUUGUGAUCAUGAUCUAUUUGGUUUGUUAGAUAGUGGUCUUAUAGAUUUAGAUUUAGAUCAUAUUGCAUCGUUUAUGAAACAACUCAUGUCUGGUUUGGCUUAUUGUCAUCAACGAAAUUUUUUACAUCGUGACAUUAAAUGUUCAAAUAUUCUAUUGAAUAAUCAAGGACAAAUUAAAUUAGCUGAUUUUGGAUUAGCUCGAUUGUAUAAUGCCGAUGAUAAAGAACGACCGUAUACAAAUAAAGUUAUUACACUAUGGUAUCGGCCACCGGAAUUAUUAUUAGGAGAAGAAAGAUAUGGACCAGCUAUUGACAUCUGGAGUUGCGGUUGUAUAUUGGGCGAAUUAUUUCAACGUCGGCCACUAUUCCAAGGUCAACGAGAAGAAGAACAGUUAGAACUAAUCUCAAAAUUAUGUGGUUCACCAACGGUAGCUGUAUGGCCCGAUAUUCUCCAUCUACCAUUAUUUCAAACGUUGAAGCAACGAAAAACAUAUAGAAGACGUUUACGUGAAGAAUUUGCAACAAUUCCAGAACCGGCACUUGAUCUAUUUGAUCAAAUGCUUGAAUUAGAUCCGAGUAAACGAAUAAGUGCAUCGGAUGCACUUCUAUCAAUUUGGCUAAAAGAUAUUACACCAGACAAUAUUGGGUCACCAUCAUUGCCAGUAACCCAAGAUUGUCAUGAAAUGUGGAGUAAAGAACAUAAACGAUUACGUCGUCAUGGUUGGACAGAACAACAAAUUGAAAUACAUUUUAAAAAACGAGAAGUAUUGGAAUAUGAACGAUACAAUCGUGCUGUCGCAGGUAUACAACUACAAACUAUAGAUAAAAGAUAAAAGAUAGUGAGUCGAAUAUAAAGAGUUCAUAUCUUAAAAAGCAAUUUCUCUUAAUUUAAUAAGUAAUUUAUAAAUCUUUGAAUAUCGAUACAUCUAUAUGGUUGAUUAAUGUUUACAAUUUUUUGAGUCUAUUAACUUUAUCAAAUUAUCAGCUUGUUAAUAAGACUGACAAUUAACUAUUAUAGAAUACCAGAGUAAUUAUAGACAAAUAAAACGUUUAUAAUAGUUGAGAAAUUGGUUAAAAUUCAGUAACAUACUAAGAUCAUCUUUGCAUAAAAUCUUACGAGGGAACCUCACCAACUGAUAUCCUCCGGGUGAGCUCAUACUUUGCUCAUAGGUAGGACUCAUAGUGUAGAUAAAAACUCUAAAAGGAUUCAUCCCCUUGACUCUUGAAGAC